GAUUAGAGAUUGACGUAUAAGUCGUCAGUAGUUGUAUAUAAAUGUCUUCUCGUUAUCGUUGUUAUUGCUUUUCUCAGUCAUAAUAAUAACAACAGUAACUGAAAGGGUUGUGAACACUAUGCGAACACCAUCAACAGCUGGAAAAAAGCCAAGAAAUCAAUAUGCACUAUCUGUCAUUAGUCGUUAUUUUGAAGAUUCGGUCUUUGUAAACAAAAUUCUAAAUGUUGACACUGAUGGUGAAUAUAAUGCCGGAAAACAUGAAGAUUUAAUAUUCCUACGUAGUUUCCUGGAAAGUUCAUCUUUACGUCAAUGUCUUACAUUGAUUGAUUCUCUUGUUGAUAAUGACUCGAAAUCCAUCGCUGAACAUCUAAGACCUAAUAAUCAAUCACUACGAGAUAGUUUGAGAGCUUUGUCGGAGCUAUGGACAGAAUUAGAAGAGUUUGUUAUGCGAACACAAGAAAAAGAUGAACCAGAGGCACAUGAACUAUAUGAUCUUUUGGCAGAUAUUCAUAUUAGGGAAUUAUUGGUUGCCUACGAUGAUAUUGCUAAUUUUCGGUAUGUGAGUGAAGAUAUUGACCUGGUUGCAAUUCCUUUCGAGGAUUAUGAUCCUGUUCAAAUGAAUUCAUCACCACAUAUACCUCAUCAACGCAAUACUUCAAAAGAAAGAAAUAAUAUCAAUAAAACAGCUAAUGGAGAGAAUAAUUUUGAAAGUUCUAUGGAAUCUUUAGAUUGUAAAGUCUUCCAUUCCGAUUCAGUGAAAAAUAUGUAUGACAAAGAUCCAAUUAGCGAAGUUGUCCACGGUGAUGCUGUUGACAGUAAUAUUCCACCUAUGACUAAAGAUAAUGACGACGAUGAUGGUGACGAUGAGGAGGAGGAGGGGGAAGAGGAAGUUGAUGAUGAAAAUACUGUCCUACACAAUCGUGACUCUCAUCAUUCUGUACAAACAAUUAUAAAUAAAUUCGAACCAUUAAAUCCAGAGAUUCAAACUAAGCGUGCUGAAGAGAAAUAUACACCUGGAUCAAAUAAUUUAAUGAAUAGAUCAUCUUCAGUGAAGGAUAUUCAGAAACCUGUUUCUCCAACCAGUACAGUUGAAACUAAAGGUCGACAGUCUGAAAAACCAUCGCCUAAAUCACCUAAAUCAAGAUAUUCUAAAGAUGUUCGUAUUAGAACAGAUUCUGAUACUAAGUUAACUCGUCCUACUUCAUCUCCAAAGAAAACGCCUACAACAAAAACUGGGAAAUCAAAACAUUUUCAUGGUUCCGACAGUACACUUCAAUCACCUGAUCUUAAUCAGAACAGAACAAAGUCUUUUCUAGGCUCUUCUGAUGGAACACAAAGUUUGCCUAGAAAUCAUGGUCAGUCUUCCAGACACUCACGGCGUACUUCUAGUCAACCGAGUAAAUUUCCACAACCAGGAGUACCAAGACAAGUUCAUUUGCGACGUGAUCAUCCUGGUGAAGAUUUAGGCAUUACAAUAGCACUUCGAACACCUUCACCAACUCCAUCUUCACCGACAUAUUGCACUAGUGUCACUGUACAAUCUAUUUCACAACCUGUUAUAUCGAUUCAAAGAGUAUUAGCUGGUUCAUUGGCUGAUAGACAAGGCUCCUUAUUUCCAGGUGAUGUUUUACUUGAAGUAAACGGUCUACGAGUACACACAUUAGAACAAGUAUUCUCUCAAAUUCAACAGACAUCCAGUCUACUUGAUUGUAAACUUGUAGUACAAGCUCCAAAAGAAGGCAUACUACGAUCUGGAAUCCAACGGGCCGAUUCCGGUUCGAAAAGUAAACGUUAUAUUCGAUGUCUGUUCGAUUAUGAUGCAAGCAAAGAUACUCUUCUACCUGCUGGUGAUGUUGGUCUAUCGUUCAGAUCUGGAGAUGUAUUGGAAUUAGUUGAUGAUCAAGAUCCUAAUUGGUGGCAGGUGCGUACUUUAAAAGAACCUGGCUCUAAAGCUCGACUCAUACCAUCACAAACGCUAGAAGAACGUCGACAGGCUUUCAAUCAAGAGAAACUUCAGUCAAAUACCAAUCGUAAAUCCUGGCGAAAGGUAAAAACAUUCUUCAGAGCUGCAGAUGCAUCAGGCCUACGCCUACGCUCAGAUAUAUGGAGUUAUGAAGAGGUUGUACCAUGGCCACAAUCUAAAGUACCUUGUCUCUUAUUGAUUGGUCCUAAUGGAGUUGGUCGACGUAACUUGAAAGUACUACUUGCAAAACAUGAAUCGAAACGUUUUGCAUAUCCUAUUACAGAUACUACUGAUCCAACAUUGCCAACAAACUUAUUUAAAGUUUUAUCAAAAGAUCAAAUGGAAGCUGAUGUAAAAUCUGGUGCUUAUGUUGAAUGGGGUAAAGUGAAUGGACAUUAUUAUGGGAUUCGUUUCUCUGAACUGCGAAGAAUUAUAGCUAACGGGAAAACUGUUGUAUUCGACUGUCAACCUCAAUCAUUACACUUAUUACAUCAACCGGAAUUCAAUCCUUGUGUUGUUUUUGUGGCUGCUCCAUCAUUUGAAGUAGCCAAAACAAUGUUACACGAUGGCUUGCAAGCCAAUGUAACGACAAAUACUCGCUCAGAUGAGGAAUUGCAGUCUAUUAUCAAAGAAUCCAUGUCUAUGGCAGUAAUAUAUCGUCAUUUAUAUUCUCAUACUUUGGUAAACAAAAAUAUGAAGGAAAGUGUUGAAAAACUAAAUCGUUUGAUAUCAAAACUGGAGCGUCAACCAUGCUGGAUACCUUGUGGUUGGGCGUACGAGUUAAGUGUCCCAUACAGAUCAGGGAGAGAAGGUUCAGCGUAUAUACCUGGAUCAAGUAGUUUGAGUGCACUUGGUAUACAUGACUUACCACCAUCGUCUAGAUCUUCAGCACUUUCAAGAUCUAUUAUUUCUGAAGCAUCUACUGAAACUGCUUCUAGACUUGCUCGACCUCCAAGCAUAUGUAAUGGAAAUUCAUUAAAUACUUCAGGACGUGAUCGUCAUUCUGGGAGUCAAAGAUUGUAUGAAAGACAUCGACGUGCUCAACAUGAACUUUAUCAUCCACCGAUACCUGAACAAGAUACACCAUCAGAAUCCCUUGAUAGUCGUUGUUUGGAUAAACUGCCUACUGAUCGAAUGAGACCAAAGUGUAGUCUUCCGUCUACUCAAGAGAUUAUUCAACCACCUCAUAGAAUUCAGGCAUCACCUAAUGCAGAUCAAGUCAGUGGAACAGACUUACCACAUACUGAUACCAAUGAAGACGAGAUUAACAUGAUCACUGAUUUACAAUUGAAGCCUGAUGCUGCAAAAACAUCUCCAACUAAACCAGUUCAUCAUAAAAUAGUACAGAAUAAAAAAGAAGAGGAAUUCAGUUCAACAUCUACUGGUGGCAGUGAUGAAGAUAAUGAUGAUGCAGCCAGUUUUUGAAUAAUAAUAAUAAUAAUCACACCAACAUGUCUCCCAUAAACAGCUGGAAUGAAUUCAAAGAUGACAUUACUGAUGGAUUGUACUUCCUUCAAUACUUUAUAUUUUAUCCAUUCACUAUUAUUAUUAUAUCCUAGUUACUUUAUUAUACAGAUUUCUUAAACUCUUAGUUUUGCUAAUUUCGAGCAUAGUUUUGAUGCUUCGGAUGAUCUAUGGCAGCUUCACUGAUUUACUAUCCAUAUCACAGUUGUUGUUUUUGUUUUGUUUUCUAAUUUCUGAGUGUUCGUAUAUACUUUUUUUUGUUUUACUCACUCAAGAGUACACUGCUCAUAUUGACUUUUUACUCCUUUUUGGUUAUAUCAGUAUUUUUCACUUUUAUAUUACUUCCGCCUAUUAGUACUGCUGCUUGUGUUACUGCUGAUAUAAUUUGAAUAUUCGGAAUUUUGUAGUAUUAUCUAUUUUAUUUUAUUUAUUUUUUGACAUGAUUUUUUUUAAACAAAUAUUUUAAUAUUAAACAAG